GACAAAUACAUGAUGGCCGUUGCCACCGAAUAGUGUAACGCGUACAUGGAACUGUCGUGUGCCAGAAAAGUUUAUUAUUUUAAGUAGAAUUUUUCCUCUCGUGUUGUUCAUAUAUGUUGUUUUUGUUCGCGAAGGAAUAAAAGGUUGUGUACAGAACUAAAAUCAUGCCGAAAGAAGUGUGAAAAAACGAAAAAUUGUAAGAAGAAAACACGGGUGGCAAAACCGCGUUCGCGGAGAACACAAAUUGAGUGCUGAUCCCAAGAAGCCAUAAGUGUUUAGUGUAUGUGACACUUUUAAACAAAACUGGAAUGUGAAUGAAUUCUAAAUCAUAAUUAAUGGUUUGAUCGUAAAAUGUCUUGAUAUUAGUGUCCUAAAUGUUUAUAAACUGCUAAAUAAUGUCUGCCGAAUAUUACUUAGAGUUGGGAUAAUACAAAGGACAUACAUUUAGAAAGUGACAUCCAAAAUUGUUUUAUAUGCACAAUUUCAAAUGUAAUGUCAUGGAAAAAUGUAGUUCAAUUGUGUUUAUACAUGGAUGUGAUCCUGCAACAAAUGUUCUUUAAAGAUAAGUCAGAGUACUUUCAAAAUGCAAUUGUGCAGUUAUUCUUUAAUGGAUAAUGUAGUUCGAAAAAGAACUACCUAUUACGCAAAACAAAUUAAUAUCCAACUAUGGUUAGCACUACAGUAUGAUAUUAAACACAAAUAUCAACAACAUAUAUAAACACAAAUAUUUUAAAGUGAUAAGAAAGUGCUGCCUAAAUAACGUGUGAAAUACGAAGUUAUAUGGAUGACAGGAAUAGGAGACGUAGGUCGCAGACGCGUUGAGUGGCGCCGUAGCGCAAAUCUAAUCUUUCCCUGUCACUGAACUUAGUAACCAUUGUUGGUAAUUUGCAAUGUGUAUUACAAAUGUAUAUAGGAGUACUUAGAAGUAAGCCUAGAUAAACUGAAAAGGUGGCUAGACGCUGCCCAGAGUAAAGAGGGGCUGCGUGGGCAUGCAGCAGCCUCAGUCACGCCCUCUUCUCGGGGACUCAGUAUCCUCUACAACUUCCCCGACUGCUCGGCGUAACAAUCCUGUUGCUGUUUUAACGCAUCAACAAUUGCAACAAUUACAACAAUUACAGGCCCAGAACUCGAGUGGUCAAUCUCUGACAUUUGCUUUGCAACAAACAUCAAAUAAUCCACAAGACCAAGGAAAUGGAUCCACGACUGGAAAUCACAUAGUAUAUGUAAACCAACUAAAUCAUUUAAAUCAGGGUACCAUAAAUCCCUCGGGGACUGGUAUGGGCCUACCCCCGGCCACCCCCACUUUUGGGGUGGGCCUUAAUAUGGGAUUGCCACUAUCACUUCUAAAUACCAGUCUUACAUCCCUCACAUCUAAUGUUAUCACAACGUCAAAUCCUCUGCUCAAUUUGGGCCUGCCAAGCAUAAAUACAGGACUACCUACGAUAAAUCCUAGCCUGAAUCACUUGAAUGCUAUAAACUCCAACUUAACUUCGAAUAUUGGUUCAAACAGUAUUAGUAAUGGUUUAUCUGGUUUGGGACAGGAUUUAAAUAAUAUAAAUACUGGAAUUAAUAGACUUAAUACGUUAAAUUCGACGAGUUUAAACUCUGGAUUAUCGAAUGUUAACACUGGAAUUACUAACGUAAAUCCGAAUUUGACAAGUUUAAACUCAAACGUAAACCAGAAUCUUACCAGUUUAAGCACAAACUUCACAUCUCCAAGUUCUGGUGUGUCUGGUUUAACUACUAUUAAUCCAAACAUAAAUGCAAAUUUGACAACAACCAGUAUAAAUUCUGGUGUAAAUCAAGGUCUGAAUCGACCUGUUAAUGCUUUAACAACUGGAUUGACUCAAACUAGUCUGAAUUCUAACAGUACGCAAUUUCCAUUCCAAACCAUACAGAGUAUACAAAGUAUUGCACCACACAUUGUUGGAUCGAAUAUUGCACACGUACCAAGUUCUGCCAUAUCUCAACACCCAAAUUCAAACGUUUCUACAAUUUCACAAAUAUCAAAUGCUGGUACUCUAACCAGUUCCAGUAUAUUUACGAGCACUUCCAACGAACCAAAUCAUUCAACCACAGCAAAUGUGAAUCACGCUUCAAAUGUGAAUCUCACUACUAAUAUUCCACAUCUUGGUACAAUGCACUCAAAUAUAUCUAAUGUAUCAACGUCUAAUGUACAGCAUAUAUCUGCAUCAAACGAGCCGAAUAUGUCACUGAGUCAUACAUCUUCCUUAAGUUCCUCUCAAUCAACUGGAUUUCAACCUCAGCGACAGUAUUCACAGGGAAUUAACCCUGGUUUAAGUUCGUCAGUAACAUUAACGGGCUCGUCUCAGCCAUCAAAUGUGGUCAGUACAAUAAAUACCGUAAAAUCUAUGCAAAACAUUCAAAGUCAAAAUAUUAGUUCUCCAAGUAGCCCAUUUUCGAUACCAUUGAAAAGUCCGGCGUCUAAUAUCGCACCUCCCACACCAAGCCCUAGUCCUAACAGGCUAUUACUUAGAAGUCCAGCUUCGAAUUCGAUACAAUCGAACCGGAAUAGCCCUAGUCCUGUUGGGACAUCAACUUCAAAUAAUAAUUUUAAUAUACAAAUGCAAAGUCCAAUGCAGAGUCCAAUGAGUGUUAGCCAAAUUCAAAGUCCUGUACUUAGUCCAUAUCCUCCUGCAAAAAGUCCUCAUCUAUUAAGUGGAAAUAACUCUCUAAACAACAGAAGUCCGGCACCUGGCGGUAGUCCUGGUCCACCUGUGGUUAGAUCUAAUACACCCAUACUGCAACAAGGUAUGCAAGUAUUGCAAAUAAUUCAUGGUACACCACAGGGGUAUCAAUCAACACCAACACAGCUCGUAACUAGAACGCAUCUCUUUGGAAAUCAACAAAUUCAAAUAGCAACAACUAAGCCUGCUAAGCAACCUCCACAAAUUUUACCAAAACCUCCUAAUCAGCAAACAGCUGGAUCACAGCAAAAACAACAACGUGUUACCACUACUAUUACGAAUCAAGUCACUCAGCAAACUCAGCCACAAUUAGUCCUUGCUGGACCACAACCAAAUCCUACAGCAGCUACAAUGAUACCUACAGCACAAGGCCUCCUUUUAAAUCAGGUUUUGCCGUCAACGGGGCCCGUUAUUGUACAACAGCAACCAGGUGGUGUUCAACUUAUACUAAGAACGCCAGCAAGUGCCCAGCAACAAACACAUACUGCACAGUUAACACAGCAGCAGUUAGUAAGAGUUGUCACGGCACAAGGAAUGCAAUUACAAGGUAUUACUCCUACAUUUUUCGCUGUGCCUAAUGGAUUUCCUCCAGCCGCUUCUCCAGUAAUUAGACAUACUCCGUCAAGUCCUGCACCUUCUGCGAAUUCUGGAACUGGCAACUCUAUAGUGAUUCAAAAUGCAAUGGUACAAAGUCCUCAACCACAGAUUUCGCAAGUUGGAUCAGGUACUAAUACCGGCAGUACUACAUGUACACAAACUGUUGUUGAACAGAGUUUGCUACCACCACCUAAAAAGAAAGCGAAGAAGAAAAAGAAAGCGAAACGAAAGGAUGAUGAACCACCGAAAUUAGAUCUUGCUAGUAUAAUGAAAAUAUCCGGGAUAGGAGAUGAUGAUGAUAUUUUUGAUACUGAUCUUACAACUGAAUCUGAAGUUUCUUGUCAAGGUCAAGUUGAAUCAAGUUCAGGACAAAAUCUAGGACAACUCCCAUCUCAAGUGACUAUACCUACUAGUUCUGCUCAGAAUCUGAUACAAGUACCUGUACCAAAUACAACGAAUACACAAACUUCUGUGUCUCAGACACUUAAUAGUCAACUUGUUGCCCAGCUUCAGAUGCCUGUACAGAGCACAAUACAGGGUCAAUUACGAUUUGCUCUUGGGGAAGAUGGAAGAGUUGUUUUACAUCGAACUCCGGAACCAAAUCAACCAGAAAUAGAUCAGGCGACCGCUCAAGCAUUACUACGAUCGUUAACGCACGGAGGUGGUCAAAAUUCGCCUAUUAUUUCGCAGCUUCUUGGACAGGCACAAACAACAACGCAGACUACACAAAGUACUGUAUUACAGAGGCAGAAAUUUGUUAAGUCUCCUCUAUCAUCCAGUGUUACAACAGUUACUACUACUGUAAGUCCUACAGGCCCUCAAAGUGUUACUUGUGCUACUAGUCCACAACAUGUGCAAGUAUGCUCGAAACCAAGUAAUCAGCAAAAAAGUGUAAAUGUUCCUCAAGAAUCCAAUCCUGUGUUAAACGUUUGUGUCCAAAGUAAUCUUGGGUCUUUGCAAACAUUGGAUAUGCAGCCUUCGAAAAACAUUACCGUACAAAAUCUUAUACCAGCAUCAAAAACGACUCCGUCAUCUAACUCUAGCCUCGUACAAUCCAACAAUAAUGUUUUGACGACUUCUGAUGUUCUAGUACCGAAACCGCCGUGUACCACAUUCAGUGUGCAAAGUUCUCGAUUGACUAAUCCGAACCAAGCAAAUACUAAUCAACAAAAUUCUAAUGUUUCUACACAAAAAUCUAGUCAAGUGCGGCUCACGAAUGCCUGCGUAACUACUAAUGUACGACAAAAUCUAAAUAAAAUAUCACAAAGUAGUGCGCAUGUUCAAAAGUCAUUGCCAAAUAGUUUAAUUGUACAAAAUGAACACACUAUUGCAAAAAAUAAUCAGAAUCUUCAGCAAGGGAACCAACAAGAUAGUAUCACAUUGCAACAAGAAACACCAAUGUUUCAGCAUAAUCAACAUCAACAGAUAACAGCGCAGACUGUGCAAACACAAAACGUUCAACAUGUUUUUGAACAAAAUCUUCAAACAUCUGGAUCAAAUGUUCAACAUAAUUCUGUAAAUAUGUUGCAGCAACAAAGCUCCUGUAAUACUAUGCAACACGAUACCAUGAAUGUUUUACAACAUUCUAGUAUUCAACAGAAUACAAUUAACGUGCUUCAGCAAAAUGCAGCCGGUAAUGUACAAAAUAUUGAGCAAAAUUUACAAUCUGGAAUUAGUGAUAUAGCUCAAGCGCAACAAAAUGUUAUCACCAGUAUGCAACAACAAAAUACAUCUGCUAUUUUGCACAAUACAAGUGUACAACAGAAUGUAAACAUGCAACAACAGAAAGUUGUUGCACAAGCUAAUACGUUUUCUUCUGUUAAUGCACAACAUUUUGAAAGUCAAAAUGCAGCUAACACCAUGCAGCAGCAAGGACUAAAUACACAACAAAAUAGUCAACAUCAAAAUAUUGUUAUAACAAACGCUCCUGCUUCUUCUAAUACUGUCCAACAAAAUGAAUCUCAAAAAGUAGAAACUCAGAGUACAACAAUGCUUAAUUCAGCAGCGAACAAUAUAUUAAACAACGCGCCAAAAAUUACACCUGAAAUUUUGAAUGCAUUGAGCAAUUUGAAUCCCAAUGAUCAACUAUUAAUUGCAAAUGCGAAUGGGCAGAUGCAAGUAAUAAGUCAACAACUGUUGCAACAAUUUUUGGCUGGGCAAUUAAACGCGACCAACCAGGUGCAAAAUCAAAACCAAACUCAAAAAAUAGUAAUUGGUGAACCAGAUGCAAAUGGUCCGAAUUUACAAGGUGUACAAAUCAAUACACCGACGAGUCAAAUAAUUGUAAAUAGUUCUGGUGGAGCUCCUACUAUUCAAAAUAAUAUACAGAAUAUUGUAGUACAAGCUGCGCCUUCGCAAAUGCCGCAACAUAUACAGAUCCAAAAUUCCGGAUUUCCAAGUCAAUUUAUUGACAAUCUAAAUCAACAACAAAUAAGAAAUAUAGGACAAACAAGUCAACCAAAGAAGGCGAAAAUUGUUAAAAGAACAAAAACUGCUGUUACUACGCAAAACACUGGAAAUGUUCAAGUAACAAAAACUGUUACGGUUUCCCGCCCAACAAUGAUAUCAACGAAUACAACAAACCUUCAUAAAGUUGAUAAUUCUAGUAAAACAAAUGCUGUGGUAUCUCAAAGUACAAAUCUGAUUAAGAGUGAGUCUACUCAAAUUGUCACAAAUGGUCCUGUACUUCCACCAUCUCCUGGAAGUCACUUAUCUGUUCCCUCAAAUGGUCAAAUGGUUCAAAGAGUGCAGACCAUUCAACUUCCUGCUCAAAAACAGCAAAUGUUGAAAACUAUACAAUCUCAAAUACAAGCUAUAUUAGCUCGUAAAUCGGGUGCACAACCGGAUCAAUCGGUUUUAACAAAAUUAUAUCAAGAACAAGCGAAAAUUUUAGCAAGUGGAAAAGUUGUUAGCACUACGACACAUUCCGUUAGCAGUGGUUCGGAAGCAAGUUUCAAUGUAAAUGCAGUCCCAACAAUAGCAUCUACCAUAACACCGCAAAAUUCUUUUAAAAAUCAGACAUCGGCAGUACAAACUCAAACACACACAUCUACAACUGUAGUAACAUCGCAAAAUUUAAAUCCAAGCAUACCAACAACUGUGCAAAGUAACACAAGUAAUAGUUAUAUGAAUAAUCUUACUGUACCACAAGUUGUGCAAGGACAACACUGUAUACAAAACAGUCAGAAUGUGCAUCAAGCGCACACGAAACAGCACAAAACUUAUCAAAAUCAUGGAAACCAGAUAUUGAGUCCGUCCUCUGCCAAUAUGCAAAUUUUCUCACCACCAAUAACAUCUGUAGCUACUGUGCAGACCAACGCACAACAAUUAGCUCCAGUUCAAACACAACCAACAGGAAUGCAGCAAUCAACGCAAUGUCAAACUGAUCCAUUAGAUAUUAAACCAAACAUACAAAUAUCAAGUCCUAUUAAACAAGAACUAUCUUCACCUAUUCAAGUACAAGUUCAAAGUGGCUCUCCUGCAGGACAGGUAGCCUCGCCUAGAAUGAUUGGCAAAGGGCCACAAAGGAUUCAAAGUCCAGUAAACACUAAUAGCAAUUCGAACAAACAGAUUGUCAGUCCUAACAGUAAUUCAAGUCCUUUAGUGAGUCCUAGACAAGGUGUAAAAAGACCUGCAUCUAGCCCAAUUUGCAGACAAAUUAAUCGUAGUGACUUGUUAGAGCAACAGUUAAAAAUGGAUCAAAACGGUGCGAUCAAUCCAGAUGUCAACACACCAUUUUUAAGCAAGCGGGAUGCUUGUAAACGUCUUGUAAGGUAUCAUUGUUUAAAUGAACAAGUACUUAGUCCGAAGGAUUUAGCGAAAGCUGAUGAAAUAUUUGAAGAAACAGCAAAACAUCUGUUAACAAAAUUCAACUCUAUGAUGAACAAAUACACGUACCUUCUUUUAAUGGAAAGCAUGCGAGAAGUGAGAACAUCAGAACUUAUGAUGAUUGAUAGAACUUUUGUUGCUGAAGAACAGAGUAUAUUAAAUAGGUUACGAGAACAAGAGGCUAAAGUUAAUGAAGAAUUUAAAAAGGAAGAAAAGCCAUUGGUGCCAAAGGUUGAACCUGGUCUUACAGAAGAAGACAAAUUAUCAUCACCAUUAACUAACGUUUCUGUAAAACGUGAAUUAGAAGAUGACUUUCCAAGUGACGAAAUCGAAUGUAAACCAGUGAUUAAAUCAGCAAGUUGUACUAGUGGUGAUUACGACGAGUGGGUAGAAAUUCAAAAGGAACUCGGUGUAUAUCCAUCUACCACAGACUCGUUCAAAUGUAAAAAUAGUAAUAAUAGUAGUAGUAAUAGUGCAUGUGCUGUGGCUGUAACAAAAUCGUCGAAAGCUGAAAGAACACGAGCGAACGGUGAAUGUCGUGCGAAUGUAUCAAGUGCGAGUGUUUCUGGAAUUCAAAACACAGUUGUAAAAGACAGUUGUGAACAAGAUAAUACACCUGUUUUUGAGAGACGUUGGAGUAGCGCUACAGACCUUGAACGGGAUCUACUAGAAGACACUGACAGCUUAGAUGGUCUGGCUUUACAUUCUCAAACACAAUGUCCAGGCUCUCUUCACAUAACUAAUGAAAGUGGGAACGGUAAUGAACAUGAUGAUAUUACCGCACAGGUACAAUCUGCUAUUGAUAGCAUUCUUAAUCUUAAAAAACGUCCUACAAACACAUUACCUGGCAGUAGUGGUAACAGUGCAUCACAGUCCAGUGAAUCAAAGGACACAGUGCUUGACCAAGCAGUCCGCAGCAUUUUAGGCUCGUGACCCUCCUUUAAUAAAGUAUGUUAAACAAGUGAAGUUAAUGGUGAACAUCAAGCUAAUUGUUCGUUUUGAAAAAUUUUAAAAGGACUAUACAUUCAUUUUGGUGAUUUUUGUGGUUAAUGUGAAUAAUAUAUGAACUAUGUUUGACAUUAAGAAUGCAACAUUGUUUUUUCGGUAAUGCAUAUCUAAACUCAUGCAAAUUGUUGCUAAAUUAUUUGUACAAAAAAAUCGUGCAGCCUUAAUUUCAUUUAUAUAUAAAUUAAAACAGACUAACUGGAUUAUGCAAUUCUACAUUUUUCUCCAAAGUUUUGUUCUGCAAUGGCAAUAACUAUUCAUAAUAUAAAAACAUGUAUACUUUCCAGUAGUCUAGCUGUAAUAAAGCCAUCGCGUUUACCUAAUUCUAGCAGCUGUACAUGUGGAUAGAUAGAGAGAUAGAUCGAUAGAUAGUUAGUUAAAUAAAUAGAUAACUCGCUCAGAUUUUUCAAUCUGCCACUUUAUAAUGUAAUUUUGUAAAAAGUAAUUAUUUAAAAGCAACUUAUUCCACUUUGUCUGUAGUACUUGUAGAGAAAUCUUGCGAAUACUUAAAACUGGGUCGGUAAAUUGUACAUACGUUUUUAACGUGUAUUAUUAAUAUUAUUAUUGCUAUUAUUUGUAUUAUUGUUAUUGAGAUUUACUCUCAGAAUUAUUAUUGUAUUAUUAUUAUUAAUAUUAUUAUUAUAUUAUAAUAAUUAUUACUAUUAUUGUCAAUGAUACCAUUGUCUCAAAUACUGAGGAAUGUAUGGUAUAAAGAGAAAGUAGUGGUUUAAGAGACUGAAAUGGAAGACAAUGAAAAAAGCAUAGAAGGCAAAUGAUAUAUAAGGUGAAAAGGGAACACAAAACCUCUAUAUUAAUUUGAAUUCAUUUCUAUUUAAUGUAUAUGCAGUCUUAAAUGUUGAAAUGCAAAAUCAAACAGGCAAACAUUUUUUAAGUAGAUAUAGCGUUUUACAACUUCUUUGUCAUCACAUGAAAUCACAAUAGACCUGGGUAAUUGAUGAGUACAUGUGUAGAGAGCACAUGUGUGGAAAAAGGGUAAACCCACAUUGGUAACAUUUUAAGCAAAUGAUAGAUAACCGGUGAGUAAGGUUUAGAAAGCAAAUCUUUCUAUAUGUGCCUUUUUUAUUUUUUACAUAGUUGAUGACUAAUAAUAUCAUAUAUGUACACUUGACUCAUGACUUUGAUUCACGCGAUGCUAAUAUGUCAAAUAAUAAAUGCAGAUUUUAAAUCAGUAAAUUAAACAUACAGAACGAUGGUCUGAGUUAAUCAUUUUCUAGGUAUCUCACUAAUUACAAAAAUAAUUCUUCAUCACCGACAGUGCUUUUGCAAGAAGAAUUUAGUUAUGUAACUGUAUUUUUGCAUCCUUUUCCCACAUAAAUUCAUGAUAGCUCUCUAUACACAGAGGCAAUGAAAUGUUUUUGGCAAAAGCAAUCCAAGACUGACGUAUAUACAGAGAAUCAAGCAAAACUAUGUAAUGUAUUACAAUAAGAAAUAAUCAUUUGUACAUAAUAUUCAAUUACACUCUCGACGGCAAUCGUGACUUAAUGAAUUCUUCAAAGAUUUUAAAAUUUGGAUAUGCUAAAGUUCUUUUGAUCCUAAUAAAUUGCCGAUAUUUCACGA